AUGAGGCCAGCGCCUUCUGGGGCCCCCAGGGGGCCCCCCUCUAGUGUCUCUAAAGGGCCCUCUUCUAUUGUCGCAAGGGGGAACCCUUCUGGGGGCCCCAUGAGGCCCCCCUCUAGUACCCUUAGGGGGCCCCCUGCAGGGGCCCCUAUGGGGGCCCCCUACAGUACCCACAGGGGGCCCCCGUCUGGAGGCCCCAGGGGCCCCCCGUCUGGGGGCCCCAGGGGGCCCCCUUCUGCUGCCCGAGGAAGCGGACAGGUGUCAGGGUCUUGCCGUGGGGGGCCCCCCAGCUGGGUGAAUUCUUCUUUUGCUGCAGGGGCCCCAUCUGCAGCAGCAGCAGAGGCUGCAGCAGCAAAUGUUUGCUGCCCGCUGCGGAUGUUGAGGAGCCCAGCAGCAGCAAGAAGGGGCCCCGCUGCUGCUACUGUCUUCCCCGAAGGGCAUCAUCGUUCUAUCUUAUGUAUAGACCUGCACCCCUCAAAGAGGAUUUGUGCGACUGGCAGCGCUGACGGUUCGCUGCGUUUGUUUGACUUAUCUGCUGCUGCUGCUGCUGGUGACGGUGCUACUGCUGCUGCUGCUGAUGGGGCUGCAUGCGCUCUGAUAGCGGAGUUGUUUGGGGCUUCAUGGGGACACCGCGACUGGGUUGUCUCUUGCGCAUUUGCUGCUGACGGCUGUCUCCUUUCUGGGGGUAUUGACGGCCGUCUCUGUCUCUGGCCGUCUCUUAACACCCCCUCUAUAAAUACACCCCAUUCAGAACUCCUAUGGGAUACAGAGCAGCAGCAGCAGCAGCAGCAGCAGCAGGAACAACAUCUGAGGGCAGCAACAGGAUCGGCUGGGGGGAGCCAUUGGGGUCCCACUGGGGGCCCCUUGGGGGGCCCCAAUGGGGGCCCCCCGAGGGGUAAUGUAGGGAUGAGUUGUCGUUCUAAGAGAGAGAAGAUUAAAGCAGUUGAGCUGCCCCCUGGACACCGCGCUGGUGUGAGUGAAGUGAAGGUUAGGGGCCCCCCGGGGGCCCCCCUUGGGGCCUCAGUAGGGUACGAUGGGUCUCUGCGUUUGUGGGGUCUACGAGAGAAGAAGCAAAUAGCGGAGAUGGCUGCUGUUGAAGUAGCAGCAGCAAAGGACCUUGCUGAACUGUCUCCUUUGCUGCAGUUCGUCUGGCUUAAUGCAUUUGCUGCUGCUGGCAGCAGAGACGGUGCUGUGUCUGUAUGGGAUUUAAAUGCACAGAGAACAGCAGCAAGAAUAUCAGCAGCACACAGAGGGGCUGUUGGAGACCUGCAGCUGCUGCUGCCUCCAGACGCAGCAGCAGCAGCAGCAGCAGCAAGUGUCACCAGUACCAGCACCAGCAGCAGCAGCAGCAACGGCUUUGUGCCGCUGCUGCUGUCUGGGGGACGCGGAGACGGCCGUUUGUGUGUCUUUGAUUUGCGGUGUCUCCCUUCAGCUGUCUGUACAGCUCAGGCUCACCGCGCUGCUAUUAACAGCGUGCUGCCGCUGAGGAGGGGAGGGGGGCCCCUGAGUUGUGCUGAAGUAAUUACGUUGGGGGCAGAUGGCUACUGCAAACUUUGGGAUUUGCGGUGUAUAGACACCCCAGCGGCCUCCCUGCAUGCAGCCAAAGACGGGUUCUUGUCUGGGGCCCUCCUUGAUGAAACCAGCGGCUUGCUAAUAGGGGGUGCAGCAGAAGGCGCUGUCUAUUUGCUAGACAUGGGUCCUGGGGGGCCCCCCAAGGGGGCUGCUGCAGCGGGGGGCCCCCAGGGGCCUGCUGCAGGGGGGGCCCCCCAGAGGGCUGCUGCAGGGGGGCCCCCAGGGCCCCAAGUGUGCUGGGGAUAUGGGUGUGAUAGAAGAGGAGGUGUGCAUGCAGUGAAGACUGUGGAGAUACAGCAGAAGGAGACACAUAAUGUUUGUGCUGCAGUACUCGCAGGAGGAGACGAUGGCUGCCUGGCCUGUCUCCGAUUCUCUUGA